AUGCCUAGCAUGGCCUACGAGCUCUAUAAUGACGUUGCCAUGCACGUUAUGGACAGAAUGAAUCAUAUCCAAGAAAUCCUGCAAGACGAAAACGCGGAUCAUGUCAACAAUCUCGUCGAGGUACUCAUGCGCCUCCGAGACAAACUCAACACAAUGGACCACAUUCUCGGUCCUCGGAACCAAGAUGAGGGUGGCGAUGGGAAUGCCAACGGCAAUGGGGGCAGCGGUGGAACCACCAAUAGAGGCCCUAACCCAAUUGCGAGUCGUACAAACACGCAAGCGCCAUGGGCGUACGACAUGCAAGAGAUGCAAAACCUUGCCACCGAAGGCCCAAUGCCCUUCGAGACCCUCCGCGAUCAAAGUUGGUUCAUGCCCGACACGCUGCUUAACUCUCGCACCAAGACUGGAUCGAAGCGAAUCACUCUAUGCGAGAUCAACACCCUUCGUAUGCGUAUUGGACUAAUGGGAAUCCCUGCCAUACGGCUGCGUGAUUGGCAUGCUUUGUUUCCUGCAGGCUUAGAGGAGCCCCCCGACAUGACCUCGAUCAUUUCCAACAGUGAUCCCUUGUCCCAAUUCGACAAGAUCGUCGAUCUCCGGAGUAGGUAUACCCACAGUGGGUCGUUGAAACGGUUUGCGUUGGAUACCCUAGAGGCUCUGCUCGUGCUUGUGGAAACAGCAAGCUAUAUCACUCGCGAAGAUGUCCAGACACCCAUCUCUCCCACUUUUGAGCACAUCUUGCGCUCUCGUUACUCGGCAGACAACACGAAACAUCCAUACGACGGUUGCUCUCUUAGCAAGGAAAUAACGGCUACUACACACUGGCUGAACUCUGGGGCCCGGUCGUCGUCCUUGCACCACCGUUUUUCAUUGACUUUUAUCGGAGCACGGUUUUUUUCGAAACGAUUUGGACACCCUGAGAUCGACAUUUGGAUCGGUUUGUGUGAUCACCAAGGGUGUACCCCCGUCGACGAUCGCAAGAUCGAUGCCAUCCAUGCACUUGACAAGUUGAUGCGUGUAGCCUUUGACCACGAGGUCGCAGGAUAUGCUCGUGGGUUGGCAGUCCAAUUACAUUCUUACGAUGUCGCUACCCGUCGCAAACGUCGUCAUGGGCAUGACAGGAAUCAUGUUCUGUCACCGUGA